AUGAGAGCUUUUUUCGAUUCUGACAUUGUCAUAAAUUUUACCCUUUCAGAAGAAGCAAUUGAAAAAGAAAAAAGUAUUAUAGAAAAUAAUAAAAGACUAGUACGAGAUUGUCAAAGAGAAAAAUUGUUAUGUGAUGUGAAAAAAAACUGGGAUAAAUUUUAUAACCAGUAUAAAACAAAUUUUUUUAAAGAUAGGAAAUGGUUAAAAGUCGAAUUUGAUCAUAUAUUUAAAGAAGGUUUAAAAAAUUAUGAUGAGAAUGUUGAAGAAAGUGAAAUAAAAAAAGAUGAUCAAACCAAACUUGUAUUAGAAAUUGGAUGUGGUGUUGGCAAUUCAUUAAUUCCACUAUUAAUGGAAUAUGAACAUUGUAAUUUUAUAGGAAUCGAUUUUUCAAAACAUGCGAUUAAUUUUUUGAAUGAUAAAUGGCAAAAAAUUUUAAGUAUGAAUAAUAAGUUAAAAGUUGAAAAUAUGAAUGUGGAAAGUAAUAUGAAGGAUGAGUAUGAAAAGGAAAUAAAGAAUAAAAAUAUAUUAUCAGAAAAUAAUAUAAAAGAUGGCUACCAAAAUGAUGAUAAUAAUAAUAAUAAUGAUGAUAAUAAUAAUAAUGAUGAUAAUAAUAAUAAUAAUAAUAAUAAUGAUCAUAAUAAUAAUAAUGAUUGUUUUAUAUUGGAGGAACAAAAUUGUUCAGAUAUUUUUGAAUUGAAAAGUUAUAAAAAAUUAGGAAAUUUGAUAAAAACAUGCGUAGUAGAUAUUACUUCAUCAGAUGAUGACAAUUCUAAUUUUAUUUGUGAAUAUGGUUCUGUUGAUAUUAUUUUAUUAAUCUAUGUAUUAUCUGCUGUGCAACCUGAUAAAAUGAUAAAUGUAAUAAAUAAUUCUUAUAAAUAUUUAAAAAAAGGUGGUUAUGUUUUAUUAAGAGAUUAUGGUUUAUAUGAUUUAACCCAAGUUCGUUUUGCCAUUAAGAAAGAAAAAAAUAUAUCUGAAAAUUUUUAUGUAAGAGGUGAUAAAACCUUUGUGUAUUUUUUUAAAACAGAGGAAUUACAUGAUCUAUUUUGUAAUAAUGGAAAAUUUGAAGAAAUACAAAAUAAAUAUAUAACCAGAAUUGUUAAAAAUAGAAAGAGAAAUUUGGAGAUGAAAAGAAUAUGGGUUCAAUCAAUAUUUAGGAAGAUAUAA